UUUUCUGUUUCAUAAAUGUGUACGCUCCAGCUGGGGAUUGUAGUUCUGGUUGUUGAUUGUGGUGUGGCUGACAUCACUUUCCUUUUCCUUUUCUUCGAGCUUAGGUUUUUCCAAGCUGUAAUUGCAGAACGAGGAUUAGGGUUGCAAAGGGGUGGAACAUUUCUGAUGGCGUGCUAUGACAGUUGUAAGGGGAGUUUGGAGGAGGACAGCUAUGAAGGAGCUGUUGGUGGAGAGCUGUCCAGCUGUGCGCUGGCAAUGAUGGAAAAGGAACGAGAGUCCCUCCUCAGCCCUUCAGAAAGCUCUGGCACAUUAGUCAGCAGCAACUCUACAAGUCUGCAGGCUUCUGCUCCCCUCCAGGGAUAUGAUGUGGAGUUUGACCCGCCCCUUGAGAGCAAAUAUGAGUGCCCUAUCUGCCUCAUGGCUUUGAGGAAUGCCAUACAAACACCAUGUGGUCAUCGUUUCUGCAAGAGCUGCAUUGAGAAAUCCAUUCGCGACACAGGACAGAGGUGCCCUGUCGACAAUGAAAUGCUGUCUGAAGACCAGCUGUUUCCUGAUAACUUUGCCAAACGAGAGAUUCUUUCUCUAAUUGUUCGCUGUCCAAACUCAGGCUGUGAGGAGAAAAUGGAGCUCAGACAUCUAGAGAAUCAUGUGGCGCAGUGUCAGUUCGCCACUGAGCCGUGCCCACAGUGCAAGCAAAUGGUGAGAAAGAGCCACUUAGACGAGCACACAACUGUGGAGUGCCUAAGGAGAGCUGUGUCCUGUCCAGACUGUGUUGCAAGUUUUAGUUACGAGGAUAGAGAGCUUCAUGAAGAACAGUGUCCCUUUGCCAAUGUGAGUUGCCAGUACUGUGAGAUGGACCUGAUCAGGGACCAGUUGGAAUCUCAUUGUGAUACAGAUUGUCCAAAAGCACCCAUCGCCUGUACCUUCAGCAUCUUUGGAUGUAAGGAAAGGAUGCAGCGCCACAACCUGGCUCAGCACAUGCAGGAGUUCACACAGAUGCAUAUGCGUUACAUGGCUGAAUUCCUUCGUGGCCUGACCCUCAAUGGUACUUCGACUAAAUCCCUGUGGUCGUUGGGACCAUCUGUUUCCCCUGAGGAUCAAGGAGCUGCUGCAUCAGUACUAGCCUGUAGUGGCCCAAGAGGAGCAGUAAGCUGCAGCAGCAACAGUUCCCAAAAUCAGCCCAGCGAGGAGACACAGAGGAUCAUGGACAUGGACAGACGAUUGGUGAAGCAGGACCACCGGCUUCGGGAGCUUACCAUCUUAAAAGAAACUCAGGCUGGCCAGCUCACAGAGCUCAAACGUAAAGUGUCAAUGCUGGAGGAGACAGUGAAGGACCUGGAGGCCCAACAGUGUCAUGGAAUCUUCAUCUGGCGCCUCAAAGGUUUCUCCGCCCACCUGCGCAGCCAAGAGGCCGGCCAGCCUGUGGUCGAGCACAGCCCUGGCUUCUACACAGGCCGACCGGGCUACAAGCUGUGCCUGCGCCUCCACCUGCAGACCCCCAACGCCCCGCGCUGCUCCAGCUAUAUCUCACUUUUUGUCCACACCAUGCAAGGAGUUUAUGAUGGGCAGCUGUCCUGGCCAUUUCAAGGCACCAUCCGUCUCACCAUUCUGGACCAGGGCCCUGAAGGUCAGCACCACAUGGAGGUGAUGGAAACUAAACCAGACCUGCAAGCCUUCCAGAAGCCUACUAGUCAUCGCAACCCGAAAGGAUUCGGAUACGUCACCUUUAUGCAUCUUCAACAGCUGAGUCAGAGAGCCUUUGUGAAAGAUGACACUCUACUCAUCCGCUGUGAGGUGACACCACGUUUUGACAAUAUGCAGCGUGAUGGACCAGCAGUGCAGCGUAGAGGACCUGAGGCCUCUGUGUGAGGAGCUCAAGUCAAACUUCUUUCUACCUGAUUGUGCACCAAGACAUCAGUACAUGAAAUCUACAGUGUUUGAAAUACCACAUCAUCAAUUUCAAGUGAUGGACAUGAGGAGGAACAUUACUAACAGACCCAUUUAAAACUUGGACAACGCAAUUAUCCAUCUAUUUAUUCGUAUGCCAACUUUGAAAUGUUAAUGAGAUUCUUUUGAUCAAUAAAUCUACAGUGUACUUCUUUCUGAAAUUAAUUUCGAGAUAUAUAUAAUCACCUACAUGGUACUAACUAGCCUCACAAGUUCAAAUAGUGUAAGUAGUCAACGAUAUUUAAUCAGCUUAACAAGUUUAAGAUGUCCACUUGUUGACUUUAUAUCAUUUCUCGUGGUUAUAGGAAACAGAACUGUGUUUUUACUUAAACAUAGCCUCUUAUAGUUUUUGCCUUUUAUCUUCUACAAGUUCACACAUCAGAUUCACAUGUUUGCACACUGGCAUGCAAGUGUUGAGAGACUCAUCAUUAAGGACUGUAGAAGGUGAUAAAGAGGAGGAUGCGUGCAUUAAAGCCUUAAGAGCCUUAAGAAAAUGUGAUGAGCUGUGUGGGAUUUGAUUACUUUUAUUUGUUAGAGUUGCGAUUCAGAUGAUAAAUAUGGGUUCAUAUAGACAUUUCCUUAUGCCUAAUAAAAUUAUGUCUUCAACUCUCUGUAUGAUCCUUCAGAUCGAUUUUGUCACUGUGAAACAACAAAAGUAAAGUAAUAUAUCCAUCAAUCCAUCAUCUUUUCCACUUUUCCCAUUCUGAGUUGCAGUGGGGCUAGAGUCUAACCCAGCUGUCAUUGGACGAGGUAAACCCUGGACAGGUCACAGCCUAUCACAGGGCCAACAUGUAGAGACAGACAACCAUUCACUCAAACUUACAGGCAAUUUAGAGUCACUGAUUUACCUAACAAGCAUGAUUUUUGGACUGUGGGAAGCAGCCUGAGUACCACAGGGAGAACAUGCAAACUGCACACAGACAGGCUGCUGUUGAUCAAGGGAUUCUAAUCAGGAACCCUCUUUCUGUAAAGCACAUGGUGAUUUAAUAGUAUGAUAUUUCUUCACUUCUCAUGUGUGCAGAUUGUUUUUUAUUACCCAGCCUGACAAGGUUCUCAUGUUUACAUUCAAUUCACCUGGUCUCAUGGUCAUUAAUGUAAUGUUUUGCCAAAUGAAGCAUUUCACUGUAUUGGUGCCUACUCAUUUAAUUAUGACAUGGAGGAUUUUCUUCACUUCUCUCUCGGGUUUCAUCACCACCAUGGACUUUUUCCGGAAACUACAGCUGCGCGGAUUUGUCUAAUGUGAGAAGCACAUGAUGUAAAGAUACAUUAAUAAUGUAUAAAUAAACUGUGUUUGGUUUCA